AUGAGAAGCCUCCAACUAAGCCCCAAGAGUACGACGAAUGGUCGCGAACCUUCAGACCGUCGAGCUGUAACACCUACUUUCAACGUGAGGAGGAAGGAUGUUCCGAAAACAUUGGUAGAGGCUUCUGCUCAACUGAACUCACGUACAAGGAGUUUUCCGGAUUCACCUUCGUCGUCCUACCACAAUCAAAAGAGUGAAGCACUGCCGGGGAUCUGUGUAACCCCUAUUGGCUUUAGUCUGAUCCAGGUUCCCUCUUCAUUUCCAAAGCUAUCGGAUCCAGCCCCGUCAAAUGUGCCGCCAACAGACGAAGAAAAAGGGAGGUACAUUGAAAGGGCACGGGAACCCGUACUGAAUUCUGAUGACGCGGACACGCAGCUGGCCUGGGCUAGUGAUGCCUUGAGUUGGCUCGCUGUAUGUUAUGCGCUCGAAAGAGCUGUUUGUGACACCAAAGACCCAUCCUUCAAGAGCUCCGUGGAAGGUUCCGAGCUCGAGGUUGAUGCCAAAAAUAUCAUUGGCUUUCUGGUAGAACAAGGACACCCCCGCGCGAACUUCGAAAAAGGUAAAUGGCUUGAGUUUGGGCAAUUUGGCCAUAGGAUUGAUAAGAGAUCUGCUUUUCGCCUCUACAGAGAUGCACUAUCAGGAGGAUAUAUGCGGGCUGCUUACCGCAUGGGUAUGAUGUAUGAGACGAGCAACGAUUCCACUAAAGCGAUUGAAUAUUACGAGAAAGGCAGCAAGGAGGAUGAUGCUGCAUGCUGCUACCGUAUGGCCAUGAUGGCAUUUCUGGGGCAGCACGGUCAAAAGGUAAACUUCCCGAAAGCUAUCCUGCUGCUCAAGACAGCUGCCUUGAGAGCCGACGAAAAUGCUCCCCAAGGCGCUUUUGUUCUCGGUAUGCUCCAAGCGGACGAAUUACCGAACAUCAGGGUUCCAGAACUUCACGACCAAGCCUCCGCUCGUGAACAUCUAGAGAAAGCCGCAUUUCUUGGCUUUGCGAAAGCCCAGCUAAAGAUGGGAUCGGCGUAUGAGCUAGCCAAUUUAGGCUAUCCAUUCGAUCCAGCAUUAUCGAUGCAUUACUACGAGCUUGCCUCCCACCAAGGGGAGCCAGAGGCUGACAUGGGCAUAUCGAAGUGGUGUCUUUGCGGCUAUGAAGACCUCUUCGAGACCAACGAGGAGAUCGCUUUCAAUCGUGCAAAACGAGCAGCUAGUCAAGACCUUCCUACAGCUCUUUUUGCCAUGGGAUAUUUCCAUGAGAUUGGUAUACACGUUGAUGUCGAUCUCGACCAAGCAAUGGAGUGGUACAGGAAAGCAGCGAAGGCCGGGAACUUGGACGCGACUGCCAGAAUCAACGCUGUCGGACUUCGAAUUCAGCGAGAACAGCAUCCUCCGAGAGUUCCAGGACCAGGGCCGUGGAAUCGAUCACCUUCACCACCUUAUCCAACAUAA